AUGACGAUUUGCAAAACCUGCUUGCCGGUUUCUUCUCAGGCUUUGGCCCCUUUGUGUGUCGCUAUGGUGAGCAUCUUGCAAAUGGUACAUAUCAAGGGCCUGCGCGCUGAAGUUUGUCCCGUGAAUCUUCAUGCCUAUCUUACCACAUAUGCCAAUCUUCACUGUGCCUUUGGUACUAUUUUGGGACCAGGUGUGCUUCGCGAAUGUCUUAAUAAUUGCUCAUUCCACAGGUCAUUUUCGUAUUCGUUUUGCGCUUCAGCAGGUUUUUGUGACCCCUCUCCCUGGUGGCUUAUCUGUCAUGGCUGCAACGACGAAGCAAAGCUUAGUUUGCACCGAUCGCAGACGCAUGGACAUAGAACUGAAGAAGAUAUCGAUGCCACUGUUACCCUAAUGACUCGCGCUCACCAGCCUGAACAAGAGACGAGACCUUGGAAGUGGGUGUGCCAUAUCUAG